AUGAACGCCGAGGGCCAGCAGCUCCCAGCGGGGGCCCCGGCGGCUGGUGUGCCCCUCUGGACUGUAGCCAGCUGGGCCACCUCCGAGAUGCCCCCCAACACCAGCACGGGCGCGGGGGAGGCCGGCUGGCAGCAGGGGCAAGUGGAGUGGGGUGGCAAGGCGAGUGAGAUCGCCGGCAUGGUGGCCAUCCAGUGCGUCUAUGCCCUGGUGUGCCUGCUGGGGCUCCUGGGCAACUCCCUGGUGAUCUUCGUCAUCCUGCGCUACGCCAAGAUGAAGACGGCCACCAACAUCUACCUGCUCAACCUGGCCAUUGCCGACGAGCUCUUCAUGCUCAGCAUCCCCUUCGUGGCCACCUCGGCCGCCCUGCACCACUGGCCCUUCGGCCGGGCGCUGUGCCGCACGGUGCUGGGCGUCGACGGCCUCAACAUGUUCACCAGUGUCUUCUGCCUGACCGUCCUCAGCCUGGACCGCUACAUCGCCGUGGUGCACCCGCUGCGGGCAGCCACCUACCGCCGCCCCCGAGUGGCCAAGAUGGUCAACGGGGGGGUCUGGCUCCUUUCCCUGCUGGUGGCUUCGCCCAUCCCCAUCUUUGCCGGCACGGCUACUACCCGUGACGGCCAAGCGGUGGCCUGCAACCUCCUUUGGCCCAGCCCAGCCUGGUCGGCUGCUUUCGUGGUUUACACCACCUUGCUGGGCUUCCUGCUGCCAGUGCUGGCCAUGGGGCUGUGCUACCUGCUGAUCGUGGGCAAGAUGCGGGCGGUGGCACAACGGGUGGGCUGGCAGCAGCGCCGGCGCUCCGAGGGCAAGCUGACCCGCCUGGUGCUGAUGGUGGUGGCCAUGUUCGUCAUCUGCUGGAUGCCCUUCUACGUGGUGCAGCUGAUCAACCUGCUGCUGCCCGGCCGCUUGGACGCCACCGUCAACAACGCCUCCCUCAUCCUCAGCUACUCCAACAGCUGCGCCAACCCCAUCCUCUACGGCUUCCUCUCGGAAAAUUUCCGGCACUCCUUCCAUGGCGUCCUGCGGCGCUGCCUCAACACCAGCCUCUGCUGCUGCUGCCACACUGGGGAGGGGAACACCGUGGAUGAGGAGGAGGAGGAAGAGCCUCUCGACUACUGCGCUGCUCCCCGGGGGGAUGACAAGGGCAAGGGCUGCAUGUGCCCUCCUCUGCCCUGCCAGCAGGAGCCUGUGCAUCCCGAGCCCUGCUGCAAGCCUGGACCUCUCCUCGCAAAGACCACCACCUUCUAG